CCCCUCCAGUUAAAAAGAGAUUUUCAUUGGUCUAUGUAUUCAUUUGUAUAUUUAAAGUCAGUUGAGAAACAUAUUUCAUGCGGAUCUUCUUCGAAUUGAUAGCAAACAUCACGAACGUUUAAACCUUUGACGCACGUGAUUAUAAUUAAAAUAUUUUGCAAUAUGCAAACAAACUCUUGUAAUCGGAUAAUAUCUCAGGAAAAUAAAAGAGUUAAAGCAUUCCAAAAUAAAUUGAGAGAUGAAAUAAUAACUGGUCUUACACAUGAAUGUGGAGUUUUUGGAUGUAUUGCUGCAGGUGAUUGGCCAUCUCAAAUUGAUGUUGCUCAAGUAAUUUGUUUGGGUUUAGUAGCAUUACAACAUAGAGGUCAAGAAAGUGCAGGUAUUGUUACAAGUGAGGGUGUAUGUUCGAAAUCUUUUCAUGUCCAUAAGGGCAUGGGUAUGAUUAAUAACAUUUUUAAUGAUGAAAACAUGAAAAAACUAAAUGGAAAUCUUGGAAUUGGUCAUACUAGAUAUAGUACAAGUGCAGCAAGUGAAGAAGUUAAUUGUCAACCAUUUGUGGUUCAUACAGCACAUGGAGCAUUAGCAGUUGCUCACAAUGGAGAAUUAGUAAAUACAGAAUCAUUGAGAAAAAUGGUAUUAGGACGUGGAGUAGGUUUAUCAACAUAUUCAGAUUCUGAAUUAAUAACACAAGCACUUUGUUUAAAUCCUCCUGAAGGUGAAGUUAAUGGUCCAGAUUGGCCAGCACGAAUAAAACACCUUAUGCAAUUAGCACCAUUAUCAUAUUCAUUAGUAAUUAUGCAGAGAGACAAGAUAUAUGGUGUUAGAGAUCCUUAUGGAAAUCGCCCAUUAUGUCUUGGAAAAAUUGUUCCUAUUGGUAAUUUGGGAAAUGAAUCAGAUGAUGAUGAUGAAGCUGAAGGUUGGGUUAUAUCAUCUGAAUCAUGUGGCUUUUUAAGUAUUGGAGCACGAUAUGUGCGUGAAGUAUUUCCUGGAGAGAUUGUAGAAUUGACACGGGAGGGUAUAAAAACUAUUGAUAUUGUUGAUAGACCAGAUAAAAAGCCUCAAGCAUUCUGCAUUUUUGAAUAUGUUUAUUUUGCACGUAGUGAUAGUAUUUUUGAAGGACAAAUGGUUUAUUCUGUUCGAAUGCAAUGUGGUCGAGAACUUGCUUUAGAAUCUCCAAUAGAAGCAGAUAUAGUUAGUUCAGUACCUGAAUCUGGAACUGCAGCAGCACAUGGAUAUGCCAGACAGUCUCAAAUACCGUUUGCGGAAGUAUUAUGCAAAAAUAGAUAUGUUGGUAGAACAUUUAUUCAACCUAGUACACGACUCAGACAACUUGGUGUAGCAAAGAAAUUUGGAGCUUUAUCAGAAAAUGUAAAAGGAAAAAAAUUAAUUCUUAUAGAUGAUUCAAUUGUUAGAGGAAAUACUAUUGGACCUAUUAUUAAGUUACUUCGUGAUGCAGGAGCAAAAGAAGUUCAUAUUAGGAUAGCUUCUCCUCCAUUAAAAUAUCCUUGCUAUAUGGGAAUUAACAUUCCAACUAGAGAAGAGUUAAUUGCUAAUAAAUUGGAUAAUGUAAAAUUAGCAAAACAUGUUGGAGCUGAUAGCUUAACAUAUCUUUCAGUAGAUGGACUUGUAAAAGCUGUAAGAUUUGGUAUGGAUAAUCGUGAAAGCAGUUAUAUUGGUCAUUGUACUGCUUGUUUAACAGGAGAUUAUCCUGAUGAACUUCCUAGUAAUUUAGAUUGGUAAAAAAAAAAAA